GUCUGUGUAAGCUCUGGAGUACAACUGUCAGUGAUGCUGAGUGAACGAACUCCCACGUCAACUACAAGCUGGAACAAGUCGGGACAUGUCGCUCAAGAUACAAAUAUCAGUCAACCUUCAACUUCUUCUUGGAGGAUAUCCUCGCUAGUAUAAGGUAAUCAUUAUGAAUAUGAAUACAAGCAAGAACUUAUACUUUUAUCUUAUGCUUCCGAGG